AAGAAAAUAAAAAUAAAAAUCAGUCCUAGUCUGUCUUCCAUAAUUGGGGUUCGGGGUUCCUCCGCAACCGAGCAACCUCUAUAUUUUUCCAAUAAUACUGCAACUGUCAUUUUUUUUGGAAAUUUAAAAACAGCAACCAUCCCCAUCGUAGGCUCCAUUCUAAUCAGCAUUUAUUAAAAAGCACAAAAAAAAACCUGUUCAUGUCAAAUUGUCAAUGACUCGUUACAGAACUAAAAUCAAUUAUAGAAGUGUGACAUUUCACUGAUUUCAGUACACAACUUCUGUCCUUCCUCUACUUGGCAGUUGACACUCUUCCAUUCACCACAUGUUACUCACCUGCAAAAUGUUCCUCUCAUUUUCUGCUCAUGAGUAAUUGAUUCCAUUCCCUGCUAUAACUUUGAUCUCUAAAGCAUAACUCUCUGGUCUUACCAAAAAAAGAAAAAAGAAAAAGCACAAGUCUCUGGCCAAUAGAAAAUCCUAGACACCCAUCUCUCUUUGUUUCCUUCUACAAUGGCUAAAACCUCAAGCAACAGCUUAAACCCUGAAAAGCAUGAAUCUUUGGCUACCCAACAACAUCAACAUCCAUGGUGGUUUUCACCAGAUACAGGAAUCUACCACAGCAAACACCCUAAUGUGAAUCUCCCCACAGACCCUUUUCUUGAUGUUGUCUCAUUCAUUUUCUCACACAAACACACUGGGGUUUCAGCUUUGAUCGAUUCCUCAUCUGGGUUAUCAUUAUCUUACUCAAAGCUCUAUUCUUUGACCAAGUCCAUGGCCUCGGGCCUCAACAAAAUGGGUGUUUCACAAGGUGAUGUUGUUCUACUUCUUUUGCCUAAUUCUGUUUACUAUCCCAUUGUUUUCUUGGGUGUUUUGUAUAUUGGUGCUGUUGUUACAACCAUGAACCCUCUAAGCAGUGUGGUAGAGAUCAAGAAACAGAUUAAGGAUUGCAAUGCAUGUUUUGCUUUUACGGGAUAUGAAAAUGUUGAUAAAUUGCAAGCAUUGGGUAUUCCUGCAAUUGCAGUUCCAGGAAAUGUAGUGUUGGAUUCAAAUAAAGAACUGUUUUCAGUUUUUUAUGAGCUUGUUAAUAGUGAAUUUGAUCUGGCUUCAAGGCCAGUGAUCAUGCAGCAAGAUACUGCGGCGAUAUUGUAUUCGUCAGGGACUACUGGUGUGAGUAAAGGUGUUUUGCUAACACAUGGGAAUCUCAUAGCUACAGUUGAGCUUUUUGUGCGGUUUGAGGCUUCACAAUAUGAGUAUUCGAGCUUGAAGAAUGUGUAUUUAUCUGUUCUGCCAUUGUUUCACAUAUACGGGUUGGCACUUAUAGUGGUUGGAUUAUUGUCUUUGGGGUCGAGCAUUGUUAUAAUGAAGAAAUUUGAUAUUAAUGAGGUGGUCAAGGCAAUUGAUAGGUAUAAAGUAACGCACUUCCCAGUUGUUCCACCAAUAUUGACAGCAUUAACAAAAAUAGUAGAGGAUGUUGGGGCACACAGUCUCCAGAGUUUAAAGCAGGUUUCUUGUGGAGCAGCUCCUUUGAGCAUGAAACUCAUAGAAGACUUCGUUCAGGCCCUUCCUCAUGUUGAUUUUAUUCAGGGAUAUGGCAUGACUGAGACGACUGCAGUAGGAACUCGCGGUUUCAAUACUGAAAAGAUUAGGAAAUAUUCUUCAAUUGGACUUUUAGCUCCAAACAUGCAAGCUAAAGUGGUAGAUUGGAAUACUGGAUCCUUUUUGCCUCCAGCUAGUAUUGGUGAACUGUGGUUACGAGGACCUUCAAUUAUGAAAGGUUACUUGAAUAAUGCAAGGGCAACUAUGUCAACAAUUGAUAAUGAUGGUUGGCUGCAUACUGGGGACAUCAGUUAUUUUGAUGAGGACGGAUACUUACAUGUAUGUGAUCGCAUAAAGGAGAUUAUCAAAUACAAGGGAUUUCAGAUUGCUCCUGCUGAUUUAGAAGCUGUGUUGAUUUCGCAUCCUGAGAUACUAGAUGUUGGAGUUACAGGUGCCACCGAUGAGGAAUGUGGAGAGGUACCAGUGGCAUUUGUGGUCAGGAAGCAUGACAGUGAACUUUCUCAGGAAGAUAUCAUGGAUUACGUUGCCCGACAGGUUUCUCCACACAAGAAGGUCCGAAAGGUAGUGUUUACACAUUCAAUUCCAAGAUCUGCAGCAGGGAAGAUCCUCCGAAGGGAGCUCAGGAAUUUCUUGGCUUCUAGAUUGUAGGACUCCAGUUUGUGGCAGAUGACUUUGCCAAUAGGACAGAUUGAAAGCAUCAGAAUAAAGACAUUUUGCAAGUACAAUCCCAAAUUAGCUUAAGAAAGAUAAUGUUCUGGAAUUAUAUUUAUAAUAAUGAUGUUGCCUUAUUGACAUGGAA